AUACAUGAACUGUGUGUACAGAAGAACGCGAGAUACGCGCGGAGUAGAGAGAGAAAGAGAGCGAGUCAGCUCAGCAAGUGCAAGUUAGCGUGAAAGUAGUAGUACAUCCUCCUCUCCGCUAACGCGCCUAUAUACCGUAGCACAUAUACUCCAUGUUAUAAAACUUGCUAUACUUAUUUCAGUGUCUCUAUAUGCAUCGGUGCGUCAUCUCCUCCUUGCUGCCUAUAGCGUUACACUCUUUAUACACAUAGCGAUCUCUCGUCGAGUCGUCGAAUCGUCGUUCGUCGCCGUCCGACUUUUACAUUAAUCCCAGGCGUGGUGUUGUGCGUAUGUUCUAACUAUACGUGUGAGUGCGCAAGCGAUUCCCCGUGUGUGUUCGUUCUAAUACAUUAUACGUGUGUGCGUGUCUCAACUGACUCUUGAAAAAUUAGAGUGCCAAUUGCAAAGAACAUAUAACGUCGUCGUGCGUGUACAUGUAACAAAUUUCGAGGUAGUUCCCUGCUCCGAAGAAACAGGCACGAGUUCGUGAUUGAACCGUAAUAACAGAUAUAGAUAGAGAGACAGUGAGAUACAUCCCAGUAGAGGAGACGUCGACCUCCCUGCUGCCACUACUGAGCCGCGCGAUAUAUCUGUAUAUAUACGUGUAUCUGCUCAUCUCUCUGCUGCACCAGCAGUGCUGUUAUAUUGUGUUAGUGUGUAGGCUCGGUGCAAUUGUGUUUUCAACGGUGCACUCGUCAAGUGCGUGUGUGUGUUGGUGCAUCGUCCGCACUAGUGAGUGAUUCCUCUGCGAUUGUCAUCUACAAGUACGAUAUACCGAAUUUAUAGAGUGUAAACAUUCGCUCUUCUCUCAGCAGCAACAGCGUAAGGCCGAAAACUGCGUUCGAGCGAGUGCCUCUGAGUCAUCUUGAUCGUACUCGCCGAUUACAUAUCCAGCGGAAAAUUACGGAUAGGUGCUUUGUGCAACUGCUGCUGCAACCCUGUUGAGACUGCCUCACACAGAUCACGGUCAUCAUGGCUAGCCGGGGUACAGCCCAGAGACCUAAUGGAACACAAGGCAAGAUAUGCCAAUUCAAAUUGGUCUUACUAGGUGAAUCUGCAGUGGGUAAAUCCAGUCUUGUUUUGAGGUUUGUCAAGGGUCAAUUUCAUGAGUACCAAGAAAGUACAAUUGGAGCUGCAUUUUUAACACAAACUGUUUGUUUGGAGGAGACUACCGUCAAGUUUGAAAUUUGGGAUACUGCAGGACAAGAACGUUACCACAGUCUUGCUCCUAUGUACUAUCGAGGUGCACAGGCAGCUAUUGUGGUAUAUGAUAUCACGAACCAGGACACAUUUACAAGAGCUACGACAUGGGUAAAGGAACUACAACGGCAAGCCAGUCCAAGUAUAGUUAUAGCUUUAGCAGGCAAUAAAGCUGACCUUGGAAAUAAGCGAGUAGUUGAAUAUGAAGAAGCUCAAGCAUAUGCUGAAGAAAAUGGUCUUCUCUUCAUGGAAACAUCUGCAAAGACAGCAAUGAAUGUCAAUGAUAUAUUCCUUGCUAUAGCUAAGAAACUUCCAAAGAAUGAACAAACAGGAAACGCUGGCACAAGUGGACAAGGACGUAGACUAGUUGAAUCCGAAGGGCAAAAACCAACUUCUGGCAACUGCUGCAAGUGAUUAGCCAAAACCGUAUGUGUUAUACACAAUAAAUUG